GAAAUUAUUCGACGCAUAUGCUUCCACUCUUUCACAUCCGAGUUGUUUUUUUUCCCAAUAGGUCGUCAUUUUGGCAAAUCGUGGUCAAAUGUCCAUUUGCUUCCUGGAUACGGCGGUUUCUCCGUGUUUUACCGCCACCCGCUGAGCUCUGAGGGAGCAGUGAGGAAAACAAACAGGUCGAACGGAGGGAGAUAGGUAGCCGGUUGAGUGUGGAGGUUGUUUUAGCGGCGAAUGAAUCGUUAUUGUGUUGCGGGCUGUGGACGGGUGCUAAUUCAAAGUUUUCCCUUCAGUUUUCGGUGCUUUUGAGUGCGGUGCGUUCACGGACGCGGUUAGGAGUCGUCGCCUUCCGAGUAUGUUGCAGCUUUCUAACAUUUUGCCAAGACUGUUGAAGCGCGUAGUCCACUCGCUUCGGUUUUGCGUUUCCCUCGACGUUGUUUAUCGGCUAUAAUUCGACGUUAAAUGCUAUAAUUCCACGCUGAAUUCAGACAGAACUCUUUUAGACAUGCAUACGAGACGUCUGGUGAAGCGGUCGAUCCUAGGCAGCCGCGUUUAUGCGCCUAGUCCGACCGGGGACGGUGCCCCGGUGACAGGAGUGGUCCAGGCUGUCAAGCAGGAAAACAGAGACGUGUCGGCCGCGGGGACCAAACGCAGCGUCUACACGGUGCUCAUGCAGGACGGAAGCCUCAAGGAGUUCACCGAGGAGGAGAUAGCCGCCGGGUUCAACCACACUACAGCUAAAGGACCGCUUAAAUCCAGCCUGAAGCAGAGCUAUAGUAACGGAGCUCCGGAGGGACACAAAGUGGAGGGCGGCUCACUCAGCCCGGAGGCUGUGGAGGAGCAGCGGCUGGCAGACAGCAAGCGCGUUGGCCGGGACCCCGACACUCGAUCAGUGUCCCUGCUAGAGCAGAAACGCAAAGUGGUCUCAUCAAGCAUCGAUGUGCCUCAUGCCAGACGGUCGGAGGACGAAGUGGACAUGGACAAGGUGACAGCCGCCAUGGUGCUGACCAGUCUUUCCACCAGCCCACUGGUCAGGAGUCCGCCCGUCAAAGUCAGCGAGGGACUUAGUGGUUCGUGGAAAGAUAAUGGCUCUGCAGGACCUUUUACCCCAUCCAGCAACAGCUCCUCGGGGGGUUACUGGAGCUGGUCUGCCCCGAGUGACCAGUCCAACCCCUCCACACCUUCCCCACCGCUUUCAGCCGACAGCUUUAAGCCCUUUCGCGUACCCAGCAUAGGCGGCGUGGGGCCCGGUCCCGCGGGGCCUGAAGACCCCAGCCUGGACGAACAGGACGGCAGCAGCCUGCUCUUCGAUGAGCCCAUCCCUCGCAAACGGAAGAACUCCAUGAAGGUGAUGUUCAAGUGCCUGUGGAAGAACUGUGGCAAGGUGCUGAGUACUGCUGCGGGCAUCCAGAGACACAUCCGCACCAUCCACCUGGGGCGUAGCUGUGACUCCGAGUGCAGCGACGGCGAGGAAGACUUCUACUACACGGAGAUCAAGCUCAACACGGACUCGGUGGCCGACGGGCUCAGCAGCCUGUCCCCCGUGUCUCCCUCCGUCCUCUCCCCUCCCCCUCUCCCUCUCCCCUCCCCUCUCCCUCCUCUCACUCAGCCGUCGGACUCCCACAGGCCGCCGCAGCCGUCCGACGCCAAGGAGCCUCACGCCGGCGGCACCACCCCGCUCAGCCGCUCUGCGCCCAGCGCUCUCUACCUCAUCCACGCGGACCACGCCUACCAGGCGACAGCUCCAGUGUCCAUCCCGUCCAGCAGCAGUAACUCGGCGAGCUCAGGCUCCACCGGCUUCACUCCCACCAACAGCGCCAGCUUCAGCAUCUCCUGGCAGUCGCCGCCCGUCACGUUCACCGGGAACACGGUGUCUUCCAGUAAAAGCCAGGGAUUUGGCGAACAGCGCUCGCAGACCAUCGCCGUCCUCUCGUCCCCUCCCAGAGCCACUAUCGCUCUCAGUCGGAAGGUGCGCGGCGAGGGGAAGAAGUGUCGCAAGGUGUACGGGAUGGAGAACCGCGACAUGUGGUGCACCGCCUGCCGCUGGAAAAAGGCCUGCCAGAGAUUCACCGACUGAGUCAACGCUCGCCCAAACACAGCGGCGCGCACACGCCUCGCCAACGGGCUUUGCUGCCUUUCGCCACAGAGACGGGGGAGAGAGCCGUCCCUUUGCAUGCAUUUUUGGUUUUCUUUAGCUCUAAAAUCUCAACUGUCCGCCAAGCUCUGGCUCCGCCCCUUUGCUCAGCCCCACCUAUACAUUCCAGCUUUGGAAGCUACCAUCCUUGAUUCCAAGUACUGUCGCCAUUUCCAUCAUUUCCACUUUUUUGGGAGAAAAACCCAGUGCAGCUAAACAAUGUAAAGAAAAAAAAUGUUGAGUUCAGUGUUGCAUCUUUCUAUGUUUUGUAAAGUUUUAAAAUGGGAAGUCUAGUCAAAGAAGGGGUCCAGAAAAAAAAGGCCAACAGCUUUUUUUUGUGCGUGUGUUUUGUCGAAAGAAAAAAAAAGAAUCUUCACUUUUUUUAUCCAAAAGGAGAAAGAGCCUCUUUGCCGCCGUUUUUGAAAAACGUUACAUGAACGCAUGGAGGCAAAGCUCACUGUUUUUGUUCUUCCUUCAAAAUCAUCUUGUUUUCUUCUUGACCUUUCUGAGGUGGUUGUCAGAUCACCGACAUCACCGUUGUCUCCUGGACUCUCACCUGAUUCUGACUCCUGACAGCCCAGAGGGAAUGUACGGCAGAGCCGGGGACGUCUGAGCCACAGGUAGAAGGAGGAGGAGGAGGAGGAAGAAAGAAAGAGAGACUCACAAGCUGAAUGAUCCAUGCAAAAAAGAAAGAAAGAAGAUUUAAGCGCUCAGUCAGGGAAAGCAGAUGGGCCGUGCCAGCAAUUUAUCACGUAUAAUCUCAACAAAAAAAAAAAAACAGUCACACGCACAGAAACAGGUAUUUUCAUACAGUCAUAACAGGAGACAGGAACAGUUUUUUUACGUCACUUUUUUAAUCCUGUUGAUACUUUUCUUUUGUUUUAUCAGGGAUGUGAAUCUAAAGAAAGCAAAAACCAGCAGCUAACAAAAAACCGGUGGUUGGGGGUGAAAGUGUAAACAGCACUAUCUCAAUAGCUUCUCUCUUUCAUUACAUCUUGACAACUUUGCAACCAAAAACUCCUUCACGUUGUUCUUUUGUUUGUUUUUUUUAUCCUGUGUAGGUGCCAUGUUUGCCGCUGUUGAUGUAGUUUUUUGUUUUUUUUUUUGGCGCUCCCAAGACUGUUAACCUAUCAGCUGCUCACGUUAAAGAGUGUUAAAAGACCUGGGGGCACGUGGUUGUCAGCAUAGAAAUACAAGUACACAACGACAGUGUGCCCUCCUCCUCCUCCUCCUCCUCCUCCUCCUCUCACUCACUCUCCCAAAGGGAACAAAAUAACUCCGUGUUUACGUACAAACACACACACAGAGGUGAUCGUCCCGAUCAUCUGUUAACCAAAGGAGGAGGAGGGCAGCAAACCAAACAAAAAUGAGGCACUCGCACUGUAUGUGCAGAUGACGGAGCACUUGGUAUCUUUGACCUGUGGUCACUUUUAGAGAGUUGAAUAUCUUCCACUGGACUCUCUCCAAUAUUACCUUCUAAAAGGAUGUAACAGUGGAUAAAAAAAAAAAAAAGCAAAUUAAGGCUUCUCCCCACUUUUUGAACCAUUAUUUGCUCAAAGUGGAGGGAAGAAAAACGAACUGGCACUUGAUUAUGUGUUGUUUAAUGUGCACUGCACCUUUUUAUCUGCUUCACGCAAAGCGAGGGUUUGAGACCUUUGACCUUUGAGAGUGACUGGCACGCUGAAGAGGAGAUAAAUAACCGCCCGAUUUGUCGCUUGAGUGUGUUCUUUAAAAAGGAAACCACGAAAAAGCCAAAUUGUUUACAGGUGUUCACUCUGCAGCUGUGUGUGUGUUUAGGUUCAGACUUUACUGGCAGAUUUAGUUUUGUGUUCAGUUAUUCUCUGCGUCAUGUGAAAUGAGUUUGAAUGCACACUGAAAUAUUUAUCCGCAUCUCUGUCACACACACACACACACGGAAUUAUUCAAAACCAACACCAGCUAAUAAACUCACACACAGACGCACACGCAGUCGCCCCAGUUGAAACAUUCAGUACUUAUGUUAUUUCCGCUCAGCUCUUUCUGUUUUGUCUUCUUUGUUUUUGUCCAUGCACACACACACACACACACACACGGCGCUCUUGUAUUUUUCUCUAUAAGCUCCGCGGUCGUGAUCGUAUACCUCGUUCACGACGUCCACCGCCGUACAAAAAGCAGACAGGUGUUCAUGAAUGAAACUGUCUCUGUUCAACCUUUUCUGUUGUUGUUUUCUUUUCUUUUUUUUGAGUAUAGAGAUUAGCCUUAAAGUCACGCUUUAAAAAGACAAAAAAAGAGUAAUUGUGCUUCUUCCAUGUCCUUACAUUGAUGUUUCUCUAAGAAAUAUUUAGACCAUCUCAACAUUCUUUCCUUUUUCUCCAUUGUAUUAUGUGAACGUAUUAUUGUUUAAGAAAAGACAAAUCUAUAUACGCAAAAGGAAAAACAUGUUUAGAGCAAAAAAAAAAGAUGUGUUCAUUUGGUUUUUAUUUUUCUCACACACACAUAUAUAUAUAUAUAUAUGAAUAUAUAGUAGCCUAUACUGUAUCAAUUUUGUUUUCAUGUUCUGCUGAAGGAAUUGUUUUGUUUCUGACUGUAAGAGGGAGACAUUUUCUUUUUUUUCCCCCUGUUCUGUCGUUUUCAGUGAGAGUGACCCGCACGCUCCCGCCCAGCGCUCCGUCACGUCACGCUCACCACCGCUGCCCCAAAUCCUGCCUUAUUUCCAAGUCUCCUCACCAACUUGCAGAUAUAGUUCGAUGGACAUGUCUGUGUGUUUGUGGCUCGUGAGCGUGAGUGAGGAAGGGAGCCGCGGGGGAGAAGUGUGUGCUCUCCUGACCCCACCCCCCCCAGUCUUACUAACCUUUAUCAAACAGCCUGUUGUAUUUCCCUGUCGGGGCGUGAGCAGGUCGAGUCCACUUCCACUCCUGGAAAAAACAGCAACACUUAGGAGUUCAAGGAUGUUUUUCCUGGGUAGAGACCUCAGUGGCCACAUGUGGCUCUUGUUUGAUUUAUUUUUUAUAAUUCUUUUUUUUUUUUUUGUAACUCCAUGCACUUCCCACUGCCCUUUCUCCAUCAUUGUGGUGCUACAUGUUUGUGUUCAGACCGUAGACUGUGUACUGAAAUAGACGUAGUCUUCCUGGGUUGCAAAACAUACUCUCAUUUAUUUUAGAAAUUUGAGACUCUCAAUUUGACCGUCACAUAGUUAAAUUACAGUCACCUGCAACCACGUGUUACCAGGUGUCAAUCACACUGGUGUCCUCACAUGUGGGCCAUGCUUUAUGGUGUAAGGAACUCACUCACUCGCUCAUCUUCUGCCGCUUUAUCCUAUCCUACAGUGCAGGCUGAUCUCAAGUGGGCCGAACCACUAAAAUAAUAGCAUCAUAUGCUAUAAACAACAAGAACUCCAGACGUUUCCCUUUGUUUUACAUUUAAUGAAGCAUCUUUUUACAAAACGUAUGAACAAAACCUGUAAUGUCUCGAGAAAAAUUAGUGCAAUUUCAACAAGUUUACCUUUUACACCUGUGCAUUACAACUUACAGAUCACAGUGAAUCUACAAAUGCACAAAACAUUUAGCCACAGCUAUCUGAAACUGAAAAAUAUAGUAUUAUGAUCGUAAUGGGAAAUGUUCACACAUUCUCCCUGUGGGCCGGAUUGGACCCUCUGGUGGGCCGGUUCUGGCCCAUGCGCCGUACAUUUGACCCUUAUUUAGAGUGUCCAAUUUGCGUGAUCCCCCAAAUCUGCAUGGUUUUAACUGUGGGAGGAAACCCACACACACACGUGGAGAACAUGCUAAUUCUUGUUCAAAAUGGGAACAUAAUCUAUGACAUUGACAUGUUCUAUUGAAGAAGACAUGAAACUGGGAGAUGUUCAAAGUGAGUGAGAAAUAGUCUUAUUUUCCCUUUCAAAACUGACUUUGUUUUCGCAACCAGUGGAGUCGCCCCCUGGUGGCUAACUGCUACUUCCGUCCUACUUGGCGCGCUUCACUCUUCAAAUGAAGACUACGCCCGUGUUGUUCGUACACAGUCUAUGGUUCAGACCAUCUCUUCCGUUGGUGUGAGGCAACAUCUGACGGCCAACCUGAUCUUUGUUUUUGUUACAUGGGAGCAUCGCCAGGCAGCUAACAACAAAACAAACAAAGAAGAAGAAGAAUAAGCUCUCUUUGGACGCCCGUUUUAGGUCAUUGUUGUCUUGAUCCGAUGGCUAUUUUCUAAAGAAAAGUAACCAAAAUAAGCUACACUCCUCUCUAAAGUAAGAUUCAUUCAAAACCGUCCAUUUCUUCUCAGAUCAGUGAGGAAUUCUGGGAUUUGUUCUUGUGACCCGGCCCGCACUGUUGGUCCCGUGACACAGAGACGGCCUUAAGCAUGAAGGUGCGUUCAGAGACACUCAGCCCAGGUCUGUGUUUGCAUACUGUACUGGACUCUAGUGUACUCUAGUGUACUCUAGUGUACUGUACUGGUGCUGUGGCCUUGGCACGGGGAGACGUGGUGAUGCAAUAUAAUCCCCCCCCAUGCGGUGCUGUUUCUCCCAGGUGUCCUCUGAUCAUACUAACUCCAUUUGUACACUAUAUGUGAUGCUGUAGAACAUGAAAAUAAAAAAAACCCAUGCCUCAA